CUCACAGGAUCUCUGUCGGUCAGAUUCCUCCCUGCGGAGUGAGACCUCCUGCUCUCACAGGAUCUCUGUCGGUCAGGUGACUUCCUCCCUGCUCGCGCUCCUCUUCACUCUCAACAUGUUGAAGCUCACGAGCUCCUCGCUGAGAGCCGCUGCUCUGCUGAUCUCACCUGCUCAGCCUUGUGUGCGUCUCUCCACUGGUCCCCAACAGAAACACAGAACCUUCUAUGAGUUCCGCACCUACAGCAUCCGUCCAGACCAGAACGCUGCCUUCCUCAAACUGACCAAUGAGAAGAUCCACCUGAGAACCGCCCACUCUGAGCUGAUUGGCUACUGGAGCGUCGAGUACGGCGGCCUGAACAAGGUCUUCCAUAUAUGGAAGUAUGACAGUUAUUCUCAGAGGUCAGGAGUUCGUGCGGCCUUGUCUCAGGACUCCUCCUGGCUGUCUGAGUACAUCUCCUUGGCGAUACCGAUGUUGAGGUCUCAGGUGAACGAGGUGGUCUACCUGGUUCCCUGGAGCCGCCUGCAGAGCCCCCCGGAGGGCGGUGUGUACGAGCUGGUUUCCUACCAGAUGCGUCCUGGCGGGCCGGCUGUUUGGGGCAAUGCCUUCCAGGCCGCCGUCACCUCCCAUGAUGCACCGGGGUACGGCAAGCUGGUGGGAGCGUUCCACAGCGAGGCUGGCCCGCUGAACAGAGUUCACGUCCUCUGGUGGUUCCUGAACUUUGAUCACAGAGCUGAAGUUCGACAUGAAGCUCACACUGACGCCAGAGUGGUGGCUGCAGUCAGAAACUGUGUCGUCCAUCUGGACUCUCAGGAGAACAAACUCAUGCUACCUUGUUCUUUCUCUCCACUGAAGUAACUUCCUGUCCUCCACUUCCUGUCCUCCACUUCCUGUCCUCACACCUGCGUCUCCACGGCAGAGACAAACACCGUUUGUGUAAAGCUAACCCUUACUAAUACACAUCAUGAUGCAACAUGUUUUCAUUCAGAAUAAUGAUGAAUAAUAAAAACACGAAAUCAGA